GUUGGGAGAUAUAUCAAAAGUCGCAAAAAGAUAUUUUUUGGAUCGGGCUCUUUCGUUGCUGACAAAGAUACUUAAGAAGAAUACCGGUGAACAUUGAUUUUUCCUGCUUUCGCAUCUUACUCGACAUAUAAUCAAACGGAUGUUUCGAAAGGUGGAUACUAUUGAGGACAGCAAGGGCGAUGAAACUAGACUAUGGCACUUUGACGAGUGAAAUACUGAAGAAUCUUCGAUUGGUAGCAAAGAUCGUGACACGAUCAGAACGACAAGAAUUCGAGACCGUGUUUGAAAAGUCGAACCUGACCUAAUCGUUUUCAACCAAAUCUAAUCUGACCUAAGCGCCGCUGUCAACGAAGAUACGAAGCGUUACUGAUUAUCGGCAUAUUGGAAACACGUUACGUUGUUAGCUAAAACACCUGCUACACGUAUCGACGAGUAUCGUCAAAAGGACGCCAGACAUCGCGUACGCUUUCCCUGUUCAUUCGUCUCCUUGCCACCUCUCUUCCUUCCGUUCCGCCGGUGCAGUUCGUGCACUUCUACGCAGCGGUACGCUACUCUACCCUACAACAGCGUCGUGUACAGUAAAUAAACGCGCAGCAUGUUGGAAACGAGUUCCACGUGCUUUCUGUUUAGUUGAGACUAUUUUCAACUACAAAGCUAUUCAUUCUGAAACCAGGAAAGAGAAAGAGAAAGAAAAAGAGAGCUAGUAUGAUUUACAUCUGAGAGGAAGAGAGUAGUAAAAAAAGGAUGUCGUAUCUAAUAUCGGUGCAAAGUUGCCAGCUGCCUGUCGAUAACACGGCGAUUUAGUUCGGUACACUAUUCGCCGUUGCCUUUGUGAACGAUAUUGAACGAAGACGACGUAAUACUUCGGGACUCGUGUGUGCCACGGUUGUGAAAUUGCCAAGUGGUUGUGAAACAGUGCCAAGGAAAAGAGAAGUUGCACGAAUAUGGUGUAAAAAAAGAAAAAGGAGAAGUUUCAAUCACACAGUUCCAGAGAAUGGAGUUCGAGCUGGACGGAAGUCUCAAGGAAUGGGUAAAGGAUAAACCGCUGAGUAUUCUGCAGCUAGAUCCUGCUGACAGAGCCGUCUUACGGAUUGCCGUGCAACGCCGCGACCAGUGUCGAAAAUUAAUCGAUUCGAAAACAAACGGAUACCGAAGGGAGUACGCGGUAACAGCAACAGGGAAGGAAAGUGAAUAUAAUUAAGGACGAAACUAGGUCUUCCGACGACUCCAAGUGCCAUAUACAUAUAUACAUGUAUAUAUAAUUAAACCUUCCAUUACGAUAAGUCUACCUUAGUAAGUGUUUCCAUACGAAACGUUUUUAAAGUGUUCCACGGUCGUUUCCAAGCCACGCAUACAAAGUACAAGGAAAAGGAAGCUUCUGCGAAAAAGGAAACUGUCAAUCGUUGAGAAAGAAUUGUAUUUACUUGGACACGGUGUCAGGAACGAAGAACGACACGAAAAACAACACAGUGUGCUGAACGUUGAAAAGAAGAUAAGCUAGUGAAAAGAAAAGAUAAGAUAGUGAAAAGAAGAAACGGACGCGUGAUGAAGGUUGUCACGCUAUAAUAUCGAAAGGGAAAGAGAAAGAGCAAAAAUCCGAUGACCGGGCAGAACGUCGUUUCGUUGUUUGCUGAUUUCGAAAGACCCUACGAAAACUUGUAGCGAGCGUAACACUGGUUAACGAGAUGUCCACUCAGGCUUAUUACAAGGAGAGGCUCGGUUUCGAUCCGGCCGAUACCGUGGCGGAACACCAUCGUGAGCAGAGAUCGCAGCACGGAUACGAGGAGUCUCUUUCCAAGUUCAAAGGUCAGAACGAAAAUGGAAUUUCGUGGAUGAUGGAAGAACGGGAAAAUUGGCGGGUUGAAGGGGCCGCAGAACACCGUUCCGGCAGCACUCAGGCUUUCUGGGGUUGCUGGGCGAUGUUCAUCGAGGCGCACGACGAACGAGACGCGAUCCAAAAGAAAACAUUUACCAAAUGGGUGAACAAGCAUCUGAAAAAGCAUUGGAAAUACGUGAAGACUUACACGUGCCUACACGUGUGCGUCCUUGUGAACAACCAACCAUGCUGUUCUCCCACUGCCAGCAGGCAUGUCGGAGAUUUGUUCGAAGACCUGCGGGACGGGCACAACCUCAUUUCCUUGCUGGAAGUUCUCUCGGGCGAGCAUCUUCCGCGAGAGAGAGGACGAAUGCGUUUCCACAUGCUGCAGAAUGUACAAAUGGCCCUUGAUUUUUUGCGUUAUAAGAAAAUCAAGCUCGUUAAUAUCCGUGCCGAAGACAUCGUGGAUGGAAAUCCAAAGUUAACCCUAGGUUUGAUAUGGACCAUCAUACUUCAUUUCCAGAGCUGGCGACGCAAGAUAUCGGAUAUUGUAGUGGGCCAGGAAUCAAACGUAACUGCUCGCGAAGCUCUUCUCAGAUGGGCCAGACGAUCGACGGCACGUUAUCCUGGAGUACGCGUCACGGACUUCACUGGAUCGUGGAGAGAUGGGCUAGCUUUCAGUGCAUUAAUCCAUCGAAACAGACCAGAUUUGGUCGAUUGGAAAGGGGCUCGUACCAGUCAACCACGAGAGCGGCUCGAUCGGGUAUUCUACGUCGCGGAGCGCGAGUAUGGCGUUACGAGGCUUCUCGAUCCCGAAGAUGUAGAUACUCCUGAACCGGAUGAGAAGUCCUUGAUAACGUACAUCUCUUCGCUCUACGAUGUAUUCCCUGAGCCACCAACGAUUCAUCCCUUGUAUGAUGCUGAGGACCAGAGACGUUCGGAGGAAUAUAGAGAGUUAGCUAGUUCCCUUCACAUGUGGAUCCGCGAGAAGAUGUGUCUGAUGCAAGAACGUGUCUUCCCUCCAACCUUAAUCGAGAUGAAGAAUUUGGCGGCCGGCAGCACGAAAUUCAAAAAUGAGGAAGUACCGCCUCGAUACAGAGACAAGCAACGACUUUCUUACAUCUUCAGAGAUCUUCAGAAGUAUUUCGAAGCGGUUGGUGAGGUGGACAUCGAGCCUGAAUUACAUAUCGAAGUGAUUGAGAAAAAUUGGAAUCGAUUGAUGAUGCUGCACCAGGAAAGAGAACAGGCGAUAAUCGACGAAAUCAAACGACUCGAACGACUGCAACGACUAGCAGAGAAAGUACACAGAGAGAUGAAGGCGACCGACAAUCGACUGGAGGAGCUCGAAAGACGUGUAGAAGACGAAGCCAGGCGUCUCGAUCGACUUCAUCCUUUGGAAGCGAAACACGCGGUGGAUCUUUUGGAACAGGACAUUCGUAAUACCGAGGUCCAGAUUCAAAAUAUUUUCACGGACGUACACACACUUACCGAGGGACGAUAUAGUCAAGCAGCCGAACUUCACAAGAGAGUUCAGAAACUGCAUCAAAGAUGGGUCGCUCUGCGAUCUCUUCUUCACAAACGUUUGGUACAGCCGUUGUCGGCCGUAUCUUUCCCGGUAGAAGAACGUGUCGUCACGAAACACCGUACUACCGUCCAUGAAACCCGAUUGGUCGACACCAAUCCACAUUUUCGUGCAUUGCAUGACUGCAUCGACUGGUGUAAAGCAAAAAUCAAACAACUGCAGGACGCGGAUUAUGGCUCCGAUCUACCUAGUGUACAAAAUGAAUUGGAUGUUCAUCAAAGAGAACACAAGAAUAUCGAGCAGUUCCAACCAAAAGUGGAUAGAUGCGUACAGGCCAAGAGCAACUUCCAUGGCGAAGAAUUGACGUUAUACAGCCAACAUUUAACUGUUCUUCAAAAACUUCACACUGAAUUAUUGGCGGCAUCGAAUAAGAGACUUUCCGAUCUAGACACGCUACACGAUUUUAUACAAUCGGCAACUGGUGAAUUGGUUUGGUUGAGUUCUAAAGAGGAGACGGAGGUGACGCGCGAUUGGAGCGAUAAAAAUUUGAAUGUGCAGAGUAUCGAGCAGUAUUACGAGUCCCUCAUGAGUGACCUGGAAAAGCGGGAAAUCCAGUUCUCUGCAGUACAAGAUCGAGGCGAAGCUCUGGUUCUUCAACAUCAUCCCGCCGCGAAAACUAUCGAAGCUUAUAUGUCCGCUAUGCAGAGUCAAUGGGCCUGGCUUCUUCAAUUAACUCUUUGCCUAGAAGUUCAUCUGAAACACGCAGCUCAGAGUCAGCAGUUCUUCCGAGACGUUCAACAAGCGGAACAAUGGAUCUCGAAAAGAGACGAGUCGCUCAAUACUAUUUAUUCUCAAUCGGAAUUCUCUUUGGACGAAGGCGAACGUUUGUUAAAAGGUAUGCAAGAAUUACGUGAAGAAUUGAAUAAUUACGGUGAUCACGUGCAAAAGCUGGUCGAUCAGGCGAAGGACGUGAUUCCUAUGAAACAACGUCGACAGCCCGUAACUCGACCUAUGCAGGUCACUUGCGUUUGUAGUUACAAACAAGUAAAUAUGUCCAUCGAAAAGGGCGAACAAUGCACGUUAUACGACAAUUCUGGCAGGAUAAAAUGGCGCGUGAAGAAUCAAGAAGGUAUCGAGUCUCCUGUUCCAGGCGUCUGCUUUGCUCUUCAGCCACCGGACAAGGACGCUAUUGAUGCAGCGGAGAGAUUACGACGACAAUACGAUCGAAGUGUAGGAUUGUGGCAACGAAAACAACUUCGAUUACGACAGAACAUGAUUUUCGCGACCAUCAAAGUGGUUAAAGGCUGGGAUCUACCACAGUUUUUAGCUAUGGGCCAGGAUCAGAGAACAGCUAUUAGAAAAGCCUUGAACGAGGACGCUGAGAAACUAUUGUCCGAGGGUGAUCCUGCUGAUCCACAAUUGAGGCGAUUAAAGCGAGAAACGGCAGAAGUGAACAAGUUGUUCGAUGAAUUAGAAAAACGUGCUAGAGCUGAGGAAGAAUCAAAGAAUGCUGGACGUAUUUUCAACGAACAGAUUUCCGCUAUUCAAGAGGCACUGGACGAAGCAGAGAGAAUUCUUAACACCCGCAUAGCUGCUCCAUUGCCCAGAGACAUUGACAGUUUGGAACACCUGGUUUUGCAACAUAAAGAUUUUGAACAAACUCUCAAACGUCAAGCGCCAAAUCUGGACAAAGUCCAACAAACUUUCCGCGGCAUCACUUUGAAGACUCCGGCGAUGAGAAACAAGCUCGAUGCUGUUACCACCAAAUGGACAAAUAUCUGGAAUUCAAGUAAUUUGUACAUCGAACGAUUAAAGUGUGUUGAGAUCGUGCUUUCUAGUCUUGAGGAGAAUACAACCGCGGUAUCUGAAUUAGAAGUGAAAUUAGCAUCGUUCGACGAGCUUCCUUCGGAUUUGAAGGGUUUGCAAAAUGUAUUAGAAGAUCUGAUGGUGCUUCAAAAUGCUAUAUCUCAACAACAAACCGCAAUGGACAAACUGAACGAAGAUACACAAAAUGCCAGACAUAUCGUUGAAAAAUCGAGACCAAAUCAUCGUGGUCCUCAUUCGGAUAUGGAUCGCUUGGAUGAUGAAGUGAAUAAACUAAAUUCCAGGUGGACCAAUCUCUGUUCUCAGUUGGUUGAGAGAGUUCGUAGCGCGGAAGCAGCCUAUAGUUUAGCUCAACAAUUGGAACAUGCCUAUCGAAACGAAGUUGACUUUAUUGAAGAAUCAUAUGGAAAACUCGAAGUUGAGAAUGCGAAGAAUCUAUUGAACAAGGUGGUAGAACGAGCGCCAGCGAUCGAAGCAGUAAAUGUGACGGGUAGUCGAUUGAUUCGUGAAGGAAAGAUCUACGGACAAAGGCUUCGAGCAUUUACGGAACAGCUGGAAGAUAUCUGCCCGUCUUUGGAUGCUUCGGUGAAAAAACCGCGACGAGAAUUCGUCUCAACGGUCGACGACGUCGCUCGUGAUCUAGAUACCCUGAACAAGAGAUAUACCACGCUCGUCGAACUUCUUCAGGAAAGAGUUAAGCAGCUGGCAGCGCAGCAAACCGAGGAAACGUCCCAACAGUUCCAGGAAGCUUUGGAGGGUCUCCAGAAAUGGCUGACAGACACGGAGGAAAUGGUAUCGAAUCAGAAAUCACCAUCGGCGGAUUACAAAGUAGUUAAGGCGCAAUUACAAGAACAAAAAUUCCUGAAGAAAAUGCUGAUGGACCAGCAAAAUUCGAUGUCUUCUUCGUAUAACAUGGGCCAGGAAGUAGCGGCUGAGGCGGAGCCCAAGGAACGCAAGAAGAUCGAGAAACAAUUGAAAGACUUAAUGACAAGAUUUGAUAAUCUUACGGAAAGCGCUGCUAAGAGAAUGGAAGCACUUGAACAAGCGAUGGGAGUAGCUAAGCAAUUUCAGGACAAGCUGGUACCGCUUCAAACUUGGCUGGACAAGACGGAGAAACGCGUCAAAGAUAUGGAAUUGGUUCCAACGGACGAGGAGAAGAUCCAACAACGCGUUACCGAACACGAUGGCCUCCACGAUGAUAUUCUAUCAAAGAAACCUGAGUUUAGUGAACUUACAGAGAUUGCUAGUCAACUGAUGUCUCUGGUAGGCGAGGACGAAGCGGCUGCACUAGCUGACAAACUUCAAGACGCGGCUGAUAGAUACGCUGCAUUAGUCGAACGAUCGGAAGCUGUUGGUAAUUUACUCCAACGAUCGAGACAAGGCUUGCGCCACUUGGUUCUCAGCUAUCAAGAACUUCAGGCUUGGAUGGAAGGUAUGGAGAUUAGGUUGUCGAAAUACAGAGUCCUAGCAGUGCACACCGAGAAGCUUCUCCAACAAAUGGAAGAUCUUGCUGAUCUAACGGAAGAGGUUUCGACUCGACAGACGGAAGUAGACAAUACCACCGACACUGGAUUGGAAUUGAUGAAACAUAUUUCGAGCGACGAGGCGCUUCAAUUAAAAGACAAACUCGAUUCGUUGCAACGACGAUUUAACGAUCUGGUCAGUCGGGGUUCCGAUUUGUUGAAACACGCACAAGAGUCUCUUCCGUUGGUUCAACAGUUCCAUGACAAUCACAAUCGUUUAAUGGAUUGGAUGCAAGCUGCGGAAUCAGCUCUACAAUUAGCAGAACCUCGCGAAGAUGAAAUUAUUAGAUUGGAAAUGGAAAUAUCAGAAUAUAGGCCAGUUUUAGACAAGAUCAAUGCGGUUGGGCCACAAUUGUCUCAACUAUCGCCAGGUGAAGGUGCGGCGACUAUCGAAGCUCUAGUCACCAGGGACAACAGAAGAUUCGCCGCAAUUGCGGAACAGAUUCAACGAAAAGCGGAGAGACUUCAACUUAGCAAGCAACGUUCGUUGGAAGUGAUCGGAGACAUUGACGAUUUAUUGGAAUGGUUCCGUGAAGUAGACAGUCAAUUAAGAGAGGCAGAACCACCAAGCAGCGAACCAGAAAUCAUUAGAGUACAAUUGAAGGAGCAUAAAGCCUUGAACGAUGACAUAUCCAGUCAAAAAGGACGUGUAAGAGACGUGAUAUCCACUGCAAAGAAGGUAAUUCGUGAAAAUGGUCAAUUCGAGGACAAAUCCACAAUCAGAGAAAAUAUGGAAGAAUUACGAGAGACCAUGGAGAUCGUUUCCGCUCUUUCAACGGACAAACUCGGGGCUUUGGAACAGGCUUUGCCAUUGGCAGAACAUUUACGCGAUACUCACAUUGAUUUAGUCAGCUGGUUAGAGGAAGCCGAGCAACAAUUUGCAAUGCUACCUAUGCCCGCGUUAAAACCCGAUCUAAUAGUCGCCCAACAGGACAAAAACGAGCUUCUCGUGCAGAGUAUCAACGAGCAUAAACCUCUGGUCGAGAAAUUAAACAAGACUGGCGAAGCUUUGCUGAAACUUUGCAACGAAGAAGAAGGCAUUAAGAUACAGGACAUCGUGGAAGCGGACACCGCUCGAUACGCAGCCCUCAGAGCAGAACUUCGUGGUCGGCAGCAAACUCUUGAACAGGCACUUCAAGAGUCGUCUCAGUUUUCUGACAAGUUGGAAGGAAUGCUACGUGCCCUUUCCUCGACUGCAGAUCAAGUCAAUGGUGCUGAACCGAUCAGUGCUCAUCCUGGUCGGUUAAGAGACCAGAUGGAAGAGAACUCCGCUCUGAUCGACGAACUGGCUCAAAGAUCCGAAGCCUACGCUGCUGUGAAGAGGGCCGCUGAUGAUGUGAUCAGCAAGGCAGGUAAUAGGGCAGAUCCAGCUGUAAAAGAUAUCAAACGGAAAUUGGAGAAACUAAAUAAAUUAUGGAGCGACGUGCAAAAGUCGACGACCGACCGAGGUCAAACGUUGGAUGAAGCUCUGGCGAUCGCUGAAAAGUUCUGGUCCGAGUUGAAUGGCGUGAUGUCGACUCUGCGAGAGCUUCAGGAUGCUCUUGCAGGUCAGGCACCACCAGCAGCUCAACCUGCUGCCAUCCAACAGCAACAAGUUGCCUUGCAAGAGAUUAGACAUGAAAUAGAUCAGACAAAACCAGAUGUAGAGCAAGUUCGGGCUUCUGGGCACGAGUUGAUGGGUCUUUGCGGCGAGCCGGAUAAACCAGACGUUAGGAAGCACAUCGAAGAUUUGGAUCAAGCCUGGGACAACGUCACUGCUUUGUACGCUAGACGAGAAGAAAAUCUGAUUGAUGCUAUGGAGAAGGCCAUGGAGUUCCACGAGACGUUGCAGAAUCUUCUGGAGUUUCUUCAAGAAGCCGAGAACAAGUUCUCCAGCAUGGGAUUACUUGGAAGUGAUAUUGACGAAGUUAAGAAACAGAUCAAACAAUUGGCCAACUUCAAAGCCGAAGUUGAUCCUCACAUGGUCAAGGUCGAAGCUCUGAACAGGAGUCUGAUAAGACAAGCUGCCGAACUGACAGAAAGAACAUCCUCGGAACAAGCUGCAGCUAUCAAAGAACCACUUGGUGCUGUUAACAAACGAUGGGACGGUCUGCUUCGAGGUCUUGUCGAGAGGCAGAGACUCUUGGAAAACGCAUUGCUACGUUUAGGACAAUUUCAACAUGCACUAGACGAGUUGUUGGUAUGGAUCGAAAAGACGGAUGAUACCUUGGACAAUUUGAAGGCCGUGGCUGGCGAUCCUCAAGUGAUUGAAGUGGAAUUAGCCAAGUUAAAAGUACUUGUGAACGACAUUCAAGCUCAUCAGACCAGCGUGGACACGUUGAAUGACGCUGGAAGACAAUUGAUCGAGGAUGGUAAGGGAACGGCAGAAGCUUCAACAACUGCGGAAAAAUUGGGCACUUUGAAUCGUCGUUGGCGCGAUUUAUUGCAACGUGCUGCUGAUCGUCAACGAGAAUUGGAAGAUGCACUUAGAGAAGCGCAGACGUUCACCGCGGAGAUACAGGACCUUCUAUCUUGGUUGGGUGAUGUAGACAAUACUAUAGUAGCUUCGAAACCGGUUGGAGGAUUGCCAGAAACGGCUUCAGAACAAUUGGAACGUUUCAUGGAAGUAUACAACGAGUUGGAGCAAAAUCGUUCCAAAGUUGAGUCGGUUCUUCAACAAGGGCAGGCAUAUUUGAAGCGUGCUGAUUCUAUUAGUGCUGGUGGACUGAAUCACAAUUUAAGGACUUUGAAACAACGGUGGGAUAAUGUAACUGCACGAGCGAGUGAUAAAAAGAUCAAACUCGAAAUCGCUCUGAAAGAGGCUACAGAGUUCCACGAUGCACUUCAAUCGUUUGUCGAUUGGUUAACCAACGCGGAAAAGAUUCUGACAAAUCUGAAACCUGUGUCGAGGGUAAUGGAAACCAUUCUCGGUCAGAUAGAAGAACACAAGGCAUUUCAGAAAGACGUUGGAGUUCAUCGUGAAACUAUGUUAAACCUCGACAAAAAGGGUACGCAUUUGAAGUACUUCUCACAGAAACAGGAUGUGAUUCUAAUAAAAAAUCUAUUGAUAAGCGUGCAACACAGAUGGGAAAGAGUAGUUUCGAAAUCGGCAGAGAGAACAAGAGCUCUUGAUCAUGGAUACAAAGAAGCCAGAGAAUUCCACGAUGCUUGGUCAAGUUUAAUGAACUGGCUCGACGAAACGGAGAAAACUUUGGACGAGGUUGCUGGAGAUGGUGGCCUUGGGGGAAAUGAUCCAGAAAAAAUUAAAGCUAGACUGAACAAGCAUCGUGAAUUGCAAAAAGCUCUCAGUGCCAAACAGGGUACCUAUGACGUAACCAUGAAGAACGGGAAAUUGUUAAAAGAUAAAGCACCAAAGAGCGAUGAAUUCGCUCUGAAAGAACUUUUGAACGAAUUGAAGAACAAGUGGACUACUGUCUGUAGUAAGUGUGUGGACAGACAGAGGAAACUCGAAGAAGCAUUGUUGUUUUCGGGACAGUUCAAAGAUGCUAUUCAGGCAUUGCUGGAAUGGCUUAGCAAGUCUGAGAAGCAACUGGCGAACACUGGACCACUUUAUGGUGAUCUUGAUACUGUGACGAAUUUGGUUGAACAACAUAAGACUUUCGAGAAGGAUCUUGAGUCCAGAGACUCUCAGAUGGAAUCUGUGAUAAAAACGGGUCGCGAGCUUCUUGCCAAAGCGACACCUGAUGAUGCAUCUGCUAUAGGAUCGCAGCUUGCCGAAUUAAAUAACCUUUGGGACACGGUAACCAGAUUGUCUUCUGACAAGACUGAACGACUCCAAGAAGCCCUCAGAGAAGCUGAACGCCUCCACAAGGCUGUUCAUGUGCUUCUAGAGUGGCUGAGUGAUGCUGAGAUGAAACUAAGAUUCGCUGGACAGUUGCCGGAAGACGAACAAGAGAGCAGGAAUCAAUUAAUGGAACAUGAAAAGUUUUUGCGUGAAUUGAGUACCAAGGAAAUAGAAAAAGAUCAAACUUUAGAAUUGGCUCAUAUGAUUCUUGCAAAGGCACAUCCCGAUGGAGCUUCAGUUAUUAAACACUGGAUCACGAUUAUUCAGUCCAGAUGGGAGGAGGUUUCUACAUGGGCUCAGCAAAGAAAUCAAAGGCUGGAGAACCAUAUGCGAGGACUUCAGGACCUUGAUAAUCUCCUGGAAGAACUGCUAUCAUGGCUAGAAGGUUUGGAGAACACUCUGAAUGCUCUUGAAGCUGAACCUCUACCAGACGAUAAAGCUACUCUAGAAAUGCUCAUUGCGGAUCAUAGAGAAUUUAUGGAGAACACCAGUCGAAGACAGAACGAGGUCGAUCGUGUCUGCAAAGCCAGACAGAUUAAAUCCGGGAAAGACACGAUGAAAAUAACGAAGGCUAAGUCGCCUGCACCAACCCGAGCCAGCCCAGGCCGUGAGAGAACGCCCGAUUUGUUGCCGCACAUAGGCCCACGGUUCCCACCCAAAGGAAGCAAGGGUGCCGAGCCGGAAUUCCGUAGUCCGAGAGUGAAACUGUUGUGGGACAGGUGGAGACACGUUUGGAUGUUAGCAUGGGAACGUCAACGUCGCCUGCAAGAUAAAUAUAACUAUAUCCAAGAACUGGACCGUGUUGCAAAUUUCAGCUGGGAGGAUUGGCGCAAGAGGUUCCUGAAAUUCAUGAAUCAUAAAAAGUCCAGGCUGACAGAUCUUUUUAGGAAGAUGGAUAAAAAUAACGACGGCCUGAUUCCACGUGAGGACUUCAUUCAAGGAAUCAUGAAUACCAAAUUCGAGACUUCACGACUGGAAAUGGGAGCAGUCGCAGACUUAUUCGAUCGCCACGGUGAAGGAUUAAUAGAUUGGAAGGAGUUUAUCGCGGCCUUAAGACCAGACUGGGAAGAACGCAAAACGUACAACGACACUGACAAGAUCCAUGACGAAGUAAAACGAUUGGUGAUGCUUUGUACUUGUCGUCAAAAAUUCCGUGUGUUCCAAGUUGGUGAAGGGAAAUAUAGGUUCGGCGAUAGUCAAAAAUUGCGUUUGGUACGAAUUCUACGAUCGACCGUGAUGGUUCGAGUCGGUGGUGGAUGGGUAGCACUGGACGAAUUUCUAUUAAAAAAUGAUCCAUGCCGCGCCAAGGGAAGAACGAAUAUCGAGCUGCGAGAGCAAUUCAUAUUGGCGGACGGCGUUAGCCAGACUAUGACGGCGUUCAGAUCGAAGCCAAGCCCAACCUCGACGUUGCAGCGCACGCCAAUCUCAUCCGCUAAUGCCGGACCCAUCACCAAGGUGAGAGAACGCAGCGCUCGCAGCGUUCCCAUGGGACAAUCGCGAGCAUCGCGCUCCUCGCUAAGCGCCGGCACACCAGACAGCUUGAGCGACAACGAAAGUUCCUUCAAGCUUGGCUCUGCUAGAAAAACGAGUACACCUUACAGAAGCUCCGUCACACCGGGUGGUAGUCGACCAUCCAGUAGGCCAACUUCGAGACCGACGUCCAGACCAACAAGUAGACCCGGAAGUAGGCCUGCGUCCAGACAAGGAAGCAAACCACCGAGCCGUUACGGUUCCUCGCAGUCGUUAGAUAGCACUGACGAUUCGACCAAUGUGAGCCGUAUUCCACGUAGAACGGCGAUAAGCACGACAGGGAAUACUCCCUCAUCCAGUAGACACAAUAGCGUUUCGGGGAAGCGUUUGUCGGUGAACGGUUCGAGUUCACGGCCACGAACACCUACCGGCUUGGUUAGUCCUGCCAGUGGUGUUCCAGCAAGGUUCGGCACAAUCCAUAGAGCUUCGAGCAUUCCAACCCUGACUGGUGUCGGCACACCGAUCAGCCGCUCAAGGAUUCCCGUGUAUGUGGGCACAGAUAUAAAAUCCCCACAAUCGACGACCAGCAAUAUUUCUACUCAUUCUACGCAAAGCAACUAUUCGACCGUUUCUACCGAUUCCACCGGGAGCAGCUCGAUGUGUACAAAUUCAGCAACUAACACCUCAUCGGCCGUUAAGCGAGCUAGAACAAGGACACCGUCCAGCGGGUCGAGCACUCCACUGCCGCCAUCCUUGAAGCUGUCUAGGAAACCUUCCGGAGCAUCGGACACGUCCGUGUCGACGACACCAGCCAGCAAACGAAAAGGCAAACCAACACCGAUCGACCAACGGGCGCCAUUCCGAUUGUAGUCACCAUGUAUCAUCAUAGUCACUAAAAGGCCAAACAUGUCUGAGAAACUGCGGUGGUUGGCGAUCAAUCAAAUCGACGACACAUCGACGUUUAGGAUAUUCUAAUAUAAUAGUAACGAUUCGAACGCGCGAGGAUUUUAGGAGAAUUGUUCGUAUCGUUGUUAGCUACCGUUGCUUCGGAUAAUUGACUCGAAUGUUCGUUACCACAGCUCGUGUGAUGACGAUCAUAUCGCGGAUCGUGGGCUGCUCCUCUCGGGGACGUUCGAAUCGAGCAAAAGAGCUUAAUAUUAUCGAAAUAUUUUGUAAAAAGAAAAAGAAAAAGAAAUGAAACGCAUAGAGAUGCAAGAUGAUAAAAAUAGACGUGAUUACAAAGCGAUCUAAAAAAAAAAAGAAAAAUAAAUUAUCGUGGAAGUUAACAUCGAUUGUAUACGUAUGGAAAACGAUACGUAUGAGCCAGAUGUUAGCUCCGCUGCCGAGCGUACUGAUUAACUCUUUCGUAUUAAGUUUUCUUUACCGUGAAUAGUGAUAACGAUCAUUAUUAUUAAUGUAAUUGUAAUUUUACGUUAUCCAUAGGACUAGGUUUUUACCGGUCGAGCAGAUACAUGAGCAACGCGUUUCAUGUUUCGAAGAGAGGAAAAAAAAAAAAUAUUCGUCACCGCGGUGUAUGCGUAUUCAAGGAUCGCGAUACUCGACGAUGCGGCGUACGACAGAUACCGCGUUGCUGACUUGAUCAAUUCGGUCCAUCUUUCUUUUUCUUGUUUCGUUUUUUUUUUUUCGAUCGUUGUGUUUUUAUUUCUUUUUUUCUUUUUUUAAUCGUUUUCUUCUUUGUCUCUCAUUUACUGGUGGAGAAAGGGCCCUACGGAAAGAGCAACGAAAUCGAAACGAUAUACCAAGAGGGAAAUAGUAGACGCGAGAUAUAAUGUAUGUAUAUAUUGCUCGAUUCUCCGGGUCGGUGUCGUGCCGGGAACCACUCCGCGAAUAAGACAAUUUCCUAAAAAAAAGAAAAGACAAAAAUUACGCUACACGCAACGAUUGCCUUAGGUCUAUCGCCGUAAACCGCUUCUGCGCGAAUCGUACCUGCCUACCCCGAAAUGAACCGACGCCACGGAUGAACCGAACGGGCCCUUACGACAAGUGUUGGCCAAGCGAACGGAGAACGCGUUUAAUAUCGAAAUCAUAGCCGCUUCGUCCAAAAUAAAAGAGAAAAAAAAAAAAAAAAAAAAAA